AAUAUCUGUAAUCAAUGAUGUGCACAUGGCCUCAAUGUGGAGGCAUGUGACUACUGGAUCAGUAGAAUUUAAAAAUAAUAUAGCAGCGGAGUAUAUGGCGUUGAUGGUGGUUUCAUCAAUGAAUGCAUGUGUAGUAACCACUCUCAUUUUCUAACAAUUGCACCUUCAAAAUCCUUAUCCUUCCUCCCACCACCUACUGCCGUUGCCAUUUCCUCCCGCUUCACACCAAAAACUCUGCCCAUCUAUUUUGCCGUUGAUAACUCAUAUUUCAAUCAAGUGAUGGCGGCUUAUGGUGCAGCCAAUUCUCUCAAGACUACGAUUCACCGUAUUCUACACUCGUCUCGCAUUUCCCUCGUUUCCCACUCUCCACAAAUCUUACAACCUGCCUACGAUGAGAUGGAUCGAUUGCAGAAAGUUCUACUCAAAUUGGACGACACCAGCUGCAGCAAGAUCAGGACGAAGGUGAAUGCUGUGGAUGAACGAAUCAAAGAGGUAGUUUGGGAAUUCGAAGAUUUACUUGAAUCCCAUAUCUUACCUCAGAUUCUUCCACAGCUCGAAAGCGAGAGAGAUCACUUGUCUUUCUCUGUAGAUCUGCAGUGGCUGCAACACAGUGUUGAUUGCUUCGUUGAGAAGAUGAAGAUGAUGGAGGAGGAGUAUACUGAUGAAAUGGAGAAUAUGGCUGAAGAAGAAGGCGGGCCUAUUUCCUCAAGAAUUGAUUCUGGUGGAACGAUCAAGUCAAAGAUGGUUGGAUUAUCUCAUCAGUUUGAAAAGGCCAAAGAUUAUCUUCUUCAGGAAAAUGAUCAUGAAACCUACUUGAUCAUUGGGAUGGCGGGUGUUGGAAAGACAACUCUUGCUAAGCAUAUUUUUGAAGAUCCAUCAAUUCGAAGCCAUUUUGAGUUUCGAGCAUGGGUCAGAGUGGGCAGAAAAUGUGAAUCCAAUGAACUAUUACGAUGCGUUCUAGCUCAAGUGGAUCCCAACACGUACAAAAUGUUUACCCAAGGAGUUGAGGAGGAGGUAUUAGUUGGACUAUUGGAAGAAACAUUGAAGGAUAAGAAAUGUCUCAUCGUGUUGGAUGAUAUUUGGGAGAUACAAGCAGCAAAUCACUUGACAAAAAUGAAUAUUGUUGGAAGGAUUCGAUUCUUAAUUACAAGUAGACAAGAUAUACCAGGCAUAGCAGAGGAUGGGUUCCAAAGAGUAGGUUUGUUGAAUAGAGACCAAAGUAAGGAACUACUUGGUGAGAAGGUUUUUGGUGAAGAGGGUUUCCCUCCUCAACUUGAGAAACUUGGAGAGAAGAUUGCAAAGAAAUGUGAAGGUCUUCCUCUUAUGAUAGUCACGGUUGCAGAGCUCCUAUCAAAAGCCGACAAGACCCCAGAACACUGGACUGAGGUACUCAUCAAGCAACGUAGUUCAGUCUUCGUGGAUGCAUAUAAUCAAAUAUCGGAGGUACUUUUCCCAAGCUAUGAAUAUUUACCCCAAUAUUUAAAAAUGUUGUUUCUCUAUAUGGGAGCUUUCCCUCCAUAUACGAGAAUCAAUCUACUCAUCCUCGACUUUGUGUUGCGUGCUGACGGGUUUUUUCAACCGAUUGGAGAAGAAAUUUUUUAUGUUUUUUGGGUGACAUGCUUGGAAAAGCUUUCUUUGGUGUAUCAUCUUGUUCUCAACAUAACUGGGGAUGAAUAUUGGUUUUGGAAGAGAUCAUAUCGCGUGCAUUCUUGCUGGCAACACGUGUGUAAGGAAGAAGCUAGUAGAAUCAAGUUUUUGCAUGUCUUACAAAGUUGUGAUGAUGUUAUAAAAGACCAGCGUCGGUUGUGUGUGCAUUCGACCAGUUUAUUCAGCUUCAAACAAGUGUACGAUUCUAUAAAAAGUGAUUGUGCAUCCACUGUUCGUUCUCUCCUUUGUUUUGGUCCUUAUCACCCUUACCCAGUCCCAAUACAUGCCAUGGGGUUAAAGUUGCUUAGGGUACUUUCUGCUGUUGUAGUCCGAUUUUACCAUAUCCCAAUUGAAAUUUUCAAACUAGUUUUUCUGCAGUGCCUUUCCCUAACUUGCAAUGGGGACCUCCCUCCUUCCAUAUCCAACCUUUUUCAACUUCAAUUCUUUAUUGUUAACAAACAUGAAUUCAUUAAAAAGCGUGGAGUUCAGUCAUAUAUGCCUGUGCAAAUUUGGGACAUGCAAGAACUAGAGUAUCUUGACAUAAGGGGAAGGGAUCUACCAACCCCUAAUUCUGAUGCUACCUUGAACAAACUCAAAACACUUCUUGGUGUGAGUGCAAAUAGUUGUACCAUGGAAGUUCUUAGAAGGAUUCCUAAUUUAUGUGAAAUAGGAAUUGAUGUGAUUUUAAAUCCUUACGAUGAUGAUGAAACCAACCCAUUGAGUUCCUUGAAUUAUAUAUCACAACUCCAGAAUUUGCUAAUAUUUUCAUAUAGCAUCAAGAAUCCCGAGAUAACGUGUGAGUUUCAUACAAUUUUUUCUCUUUCAAUGUUACCAUCAAGUCUCGUAGAGUUAAAUUUGAGUGGGUUGGGGUAUCCUUGGAAGUACAUAAAUAUCAUUGGUUUCCUGCUGCCAAAUCUCAAGGUUCUCUCAUUAGAAUGCUACGCCUUUCGAGGCCCAGAGUGGGAAAUAAAACCAGGGAGUUUUUUGAAACUUGUUGAUCUUCGAAUUGAGGACACCGAUUUGGUGAAAUGGAGACCUCAACGUGGAAGCCUCUCAAGGCUUCGUACACUAGUCAUGAUGCAUUGCUACAAAUUGCAACAACUCGAUUUGCCGGAUGACCACUCUUGUAUAACGACCAUUGAAUUAGUCGACUGCAAUCCUUCAGCUGUCGCUUGUGCCGAUCAACUAAAGGAUAAGUUUUCCUUUAAACUUAUUGUCGAUUCUUCUUUUUGAGCUCAAGUGACUCUGCAACUUGCCUGACAGGCAAGUGAGAGAGCCGAAGGUGUCAGACGCCGCGUUAUCCCAUAAUUUCAAUUGUUGUAAUAUCACUACAUUGUGACCUUAUUUUGGAUUUUGUUAAGGAUUAUGAAACCUCAGUGCUGAAUUGUGUUUUUAACUAAAAUUGUCUGUGUGUUAGUUCAGUUUAGUGUGCAAGCAAGAAUUAUUCUUUACUGCUCUCUAUCUGUGUUUAGUGCAUGUUGAUUACAGAUUGUUGAAGAGAUGCGUUUGCUGCAAUUAAUCUGCAUGAAUAUAUGAUA